ACCCCCGGGCACUGUCGCCCAAGCGCUCCUCUGGAACCAGUAGGUGCUACUCGCUCCGGAGACUUAGUUUCUGCUCUUUCGCUCAUUUCACGUCUUUGCCUCGCUUGGAACACAGCCCCCGCCCCCGCCCCCAGGCUUCACAGCCUCCCAAGGCCACUGCGCCCCUAGAAGCUCCCCUAGAGCCGAGCGCGUAAUUACAGGUCUCUCCCUGGAUGGUGCCUUGACAGGGUGUGCGGUGCCCCGCGCCGGAAGGAAGGGACCAGCCUUCGCGCCCUAGAGCGUGCGGGGUUGGCGUCCCGGGGCCGUGGGUUCCUUCAAUGUCGGGGCGUCGGUGCCCUAAUCGAGAGCAUCAGGGAACUCCGCAGCCUGCUGGCACCGACGUUUUUCCCUCCCUGGCCGGCAACUGGACAAGGACCCAGCAGCUGCACCGGGAAGGAGCGUGGGUGGAAAACCCCCGCAGCGCAGGGGGAGGAGGCUGGGCGAUGUCACUUGUUGCGGCUAAUAAACGGUGCUCGACCCUGGGGCGCUGUUGCUUCUAAAAUAUUCUUUAGCUGGGCCCAGGGUCCCCCAACCUGAGUCCUUUGACACCGAGCCGGGAAGAAGUGGCGAGCCGGAGCAGCUGGCACUGCGGGAGGCGAGGGACCCGCGCCCGAGAGCCCUCUCCGGUGGGCGCUGGGUGCCGGAGGGGCGCGGAGGGGCUCAGGUCGGUCCUGCUAGAGGCGGCCGCCCGGGCUCCCAGCCACAGAGUGUUCUCGCUGGCGGUGAAACUGCGCGGGACACAACCCAUCGCAGCUCAUCACCUACUUACAAAUUGCUGUCGCUAGGAUUCCCGCCACUCCUCUCAGACCAGCCCCCCCACCCCUGCCACUUUUCGGAGUCUCCCGCCCCCGUCCCUGCCUCCCGGGAGCUGUGGGGCAGUUGGACACGGAGCCGCGGAGCCGCGAGGACGCCUGGCUGGAGCUGCCCUCUGCAGCUGAGCCGGCGCCCCCUGCCCUCCACCCGCGCGUGGGGCUGGCGCCCCCGCCGCCCUCGAUCCGCUCCUCCCGGCUCUCCUCCCCGCUCUCCUCCCGCAGGUCCCGGAGCUCCUACACCACCGGGUGCGGCGGAGCCGGCGCGAUGCGGCAGCUGUGCCGUGGCCGCCUGCUGGGCAUCUCGGUGGCCAUCGCGCACGGGGUCUUCUCUGGCUCCCUCAACAUCCUGCUCAAGUUCCUCAUCAGCCACUACCAGUUCUCCUUCCUGACCCUGGUGCAGUGCCUGACCAGCUCCACGGCGGCACUGAGCCUGGAGCUGCUGCGGCGCCUCGGGCUCAUCGCCGUGCCCCCCUUCGGCCUGAGCCUGGCGCGCUCCUUCGCAGGGGUCGCAGUGCUCUCCACGCUGCAGUCCAGCCUCACGCUCUGGUCCCUGCGCGGCCUCAGCCUGCCCAUGUACGUGGUCUUCAAGCGCUGCCUGCCCCUGGUCACCAUGCUCAUCGGCGUCCUGGUGCUCAAGAACGGCGCGCCCUCGCCGGGGGUGCUCGCAGCCGUGCUCAUCACCACCUGCGGCGCUGCCCUGGCAGGAGCCGGCGACUUGACCGGUGACCCCAUGGGGUACGUUACCGGAGUGCUGGCGGUGCUGGUGCACGCCGCCUACCUGGUGCUCAUCCAGAAGGCGAGCGCGGACACCGAACACGGGCCGCUCACCGCGCAGUAUGUCAUCGCCGUGUCCGCCACCCCGCUGCUGGUCGUCCUCUCCUUCGCCAGCACCGACUCUAUCCAAGCCUGGGCCUUCCCCGGCUGGAAGGACCCGGCCAUGGUCUGCAUCUUCUUCGCCUGCGUUCUGAUCGGCUGCGCCAUGAACUUCACCACGCUGCACUGCACCUACAUCAACUCGGCCGUGACCACCAGCUUCGUGGGGGUAGUGAAGAGCAUCGCCACCAUCACAGUGGGCAUGGUGGCCUUCAGCGACGUGGAGCCCACCUCUCUGUUCAUUGCCGGCGUCGUGGUGAACACCCUGGGUUCCAUCAUUUACUGUGUCGCCAAAUUCUUGGAGACCAGAAAGCAAAGCAACUACGAGGACCUGGAGACGCAGCCCAGGGGAGAGGAGGCACAGCCAGGUGGAGACCAGCUGCCGUUUGUCAUGGAGCCGCUGCCAGAGGAAGGUGGAAGUGGCUGGCCAGAAGGUGGGAAGGCAGCAGGUGGCUCCGCUCCGCAGAGGGGGCAAGAUGCGAGGGGCAGAGGAGUCCCGCUGGUGGCAGGUAGCUCUGAAGAAGCUAGCAAAAGGUCACUAAAGGAUGCUUACCUGGUAGUGUGGAGGCUGGUCAGGGGUAGCAAGUAUAUGAAGAAGGAUUAUUUGAUAGAAAAUGAGGAGUUACCCAGUCCUUGAAAAGGAAACACAUGUAUGUAUAUAUGUACAUAUAUACUUAUUUUAUAUGUUAGAGACAACAUAUUUUAAUGAGGGGCUGCCCAGUUUUAUUCUUUGAGGAGUGGGGAAGGGUAGCAAAGAAAGAAUCUGAAAUGGACAGCAACCAAUUUAGCACCCGUGUGAAUUAUUUAGCAUCCAUUUACCUGAGGCAUUGCAAAGACGAAAGAAUACGAAGGUGCUUAACAAAAUUAAGACAGCAGUCUCAGCUGCAGAUGCCCGACGCAUUUGUGUUUUUUGACGUAAUAACCAUAACCAAGUAUCUGCAUGUACUGGGUCCCUCCACCACCUCCUCCAAAGAUGGAGUGUAGACACAGUGGCAGCACAUAGUAGGUUUGAAGAUUCCAUCCAGAGGCACAUUUUUGAUGACAGAACUACGGUUUUCUAUGGCCAGCUGGGCAAAGAGUAUAUUAUUGAAAAGACAUGUAAAUACACUGACUAGAUGUUUACUGUUUAUAGUCUUCUGAAAUAUGUUUACUCUAAUUUUUCUCUACCUGUUUUUAAAAAAUAAGUGCUCUAGUAUUCUAUUAUCUAUUGGUGAGAAAUGUCAAAUUUAUUUUGAAAUUAUGAGUUCUUAGCUUUAAUCCUGAAGUGUGACUUUGGCUUUUAGUAAUUACUAUAAAAUAUUUUUAAAAGUUGUUUUGGUUCUCUGCUUUAUAAUAUUUGUUAUGGAAUGCUAUGACCUUUUUAAAAUCCAGUUUUACCAUGUCUAAUAUUUUUUCAAGCAAAUGCAAUGGCUGAAAUAGCAUUCAGUGUUAAGAAGCCCAAACAGAAGCGAAACCUUCCUGUUACGCUAGUCCCUGUGAAUCGCAUUGCACACCCCGAACCAUGUUACAGAAAGAGCAACUGCUACACUCACUUGAUAUUUUUCUAUCUUAAAUUUGUCAAAAUAAAGUGUGAGUCUAUCUGCUAAAAGA